CCAAAGGAUCGAAGACAUCCCGCAAAACAAGUUAUCAAAACAAACAAACUUUUCCAUAAAGAUACACGGAAUUCUCCAAAAAACCAUGGCUCUAAACUUCAACACAUCAACCGGCACCAGCCUCAUCCGCCUCCUCCCAGCCCUAACCUCAACAACCCUCCUAACCUACGCCUUCUCAGAAUCCCUCUUCCUAACCCCCUUCAUGCACCCCACCAUCCGGCCCCAAAGCAACUCCUUUCUCCCACCGUAUUUCGCGCGCUGGCUCGCCCGCGCGAAAUACGUCAUCAUCAUCGGAUACCCAGCCACUUUCCUCGCCGGAGCAGCCAACCUCCUCUCUUCCCCCGGACAAUUCGCUACUAAGCUCUACGGAACGGGGAUGUUGUUUAGCCUGGCGCAUAUUUUUGUGUUUGGGCCCAGGAUGUUGGGCUUGUUGGAGGAUAUUAAGAAGGGUGUGCCGGAGGGCGAUGUCAUGGGGAGUUUGGGCACGUGGUUGAGGAUUAAUUGGGUUAGGGCUUGGACGACGGAUUUUUUGGCUUGGGGAUGCUUUGUUGGGGCUGCUGCGGCGAGUUUGUGA